UUUGCAUGUACAUGUCUUUGUUCAAUGUUUCCUAAUUUUUAUCAUCCUAAUGAUCAAAGCAAGGAUUUGGAAUUUCAAAUCUCUUCCAAUGAUCCCCACCAAGAAGAUAUGAUGCAAAUAGAAGAUCUGGUGCCGGGUCAUGAGGUUUUGCCAGAGGGAAGCGAUCCCUCCCAUAAUAAUAAGAAAAUGGGAAAAGGCAAGCAGCAACAGCAACAUAUGAUAUUAUUUGCUCAUCCGGACAAUAAUGAAGCAAAUCCUAGUGAUGUAAAGGUUGAAAGGAAGAUCGUGCGUAGGGACAACGAGCGCCAAAGAAGACAACUUAUGGCAGUUCUAAAUGCAUCUCUUCGAUCCCUCCUCCCUCAUGAAUUGAUCAAGGGAAAGCGUUCAAUCUCCGAGCACAUGAACGAGGCGGUGAAUUAUAUAACGCAAAUGAAGAGGAAGAUCCAAGAAUUGAAUGCUAAGAAAGAAAAGCUUAGAAGGUUGUAUGAAUAUGAUUCUAGUGCACAAGAGUUUGGUCUAGAAAAUGAAACUUUGGGUCAUGAUUUGGUUAACUCCGUGACCAAUAUCAUGGUUGGGCCAACUUGUUUUGGGGGAGUGGAGGUUGUGAUAAAUAGUAGCUGCAGCGAGGAUGAAGGGUUGCCUCUUUCAAGAGUGCUGAAAUUGUUGCUUGCUGAAGGCCUUUGUGUUGUUGAGUGUGCUUCCACCAGAGUAAACGAAAGGGUCUUCCACACUAUUCAGUGCGAGGUCGACGAUUUGGAAUGUGUGGAUUUGUCUGAGUUGCAACUGAAACUAAAUUUGCAAAUCUGAGUGGCAGGCAUAUCGUUAAUUGUUAGGAGGUAUUCCCUUCCCUAGCUACGUGAAUUAGUUGUCCUUUUUGAUGUAUCAAAACCCUAGAUUUUUUGUUGUAAUUGUGAUUUGUCAAAUGUUUGAUGUUUCAUUACUUGUAGUGCCUUGUUUUAAGAAAACUCAUUUCUUGUACGUACGUUUUGACGCUGUGAACUCAUUAGUUCAUGUAACAACAGAAAGCAACAAAUAUUAUUU